GUGGCUGAAGAUGACGACAAAUCGGCUCCGUGGGAAUGCCCUCGCCGCCCUAGGUAUUUGGCCCUACAGACUGUAGAAGAACCCGCAUGACCAUCCAACCAUCAAACUGUUCUCUCUGCAGCGGAUUCUUUUUGGCAGCAGAGGGCCGUGCCAGAGGGUGGUGGCGGCCAUCGUGAUGACGGCGCACCCGGGCCUGCAAUGAAUCGGUCGCCGUCAACACCCGUGCUGGGCGGGCAAUCGAGGCUGCCCAUGGACAAAUCAGGUGCGUCAUUCCGUGGAUGGGAGGAUGGACGGAUGGAUGGAUGGACGGACGGAUGGAUGGGCUGUGUCGUUGGACUGCACUGCACUGCCCUGCAGAUGGUGGUGACGGUUCUCGGGAGUCGCUGCUGCCCCCGUCUGCACGCAAGAGGCGCGGCAAGUACACGCGCAUCGUCCAGGAUAGCGACACCGACGGGGAAGACAACACACAACGAGAAGCCUCAGGGGGUGAGGGGAGGAUCAUGAUGUGCACACACAGUCAGCGACACAGGUGCAGGCAAGGCAACGGAGGUGUGAUCUGUGUAUACAUGUGUGUGUGUGUGUGUGUGUGUGAUGCAGGUGAUGGUGGGGACCUGCGGCAGCGAUUACUGCAGAGGACACAGACGCAGGCAAAGAACCAGACACAGCAAGCGCCAGGACGGGCGGGGGACAACAGCAGCAGCCGCCACGACCAUCGUCAGCUCCCGUCGGUGGACCACCUGAUCACGUCCAUGUCGUCCCUCUCCAUCAACAACAACAACAACAACACGUCGACGCCCAAGCUGAAGCGAUACCCACGAUCGAAGACACCGCCACCGGCUAUAGCCACCGGUUCAGUUCGCCCACCCACUCUAUGAGUCUAUGCUCACCCAUUCAGCCUUUGAUCCAUAUCUCUGUGCGCAGGGUCGCGCCUCGUUCCGCCCCCACCACCACCACAACCACCAGCGCCACGCACCCCGUCCCCCGUGAGCAAGCACCAAGUCCUUCCCGACACCGCUUGGGAUGGUGGCGGUGGCGACGAUCUCUUCCUGAACCUGCGCAACGAGAGCUGCCGCACGCCGUUGCGCCCGGGGGUGAAGGGCGUUGGUGGGAGGAGCAGUGAGAGCGACAGCGACAGCAGUGACGGUGGGCUAAGAAGGGGUGGCGGGGGGUUCGUGACGCCCAGACGGCCAAAAAGGGGCGAUCUCGCGGGCGUGAGUGGAGGAGAAAGAUGAGGCACACACAGAGGGAGGGAGGGAGGGAGGGAAUCUUUGUGCGUGUGUCUGUCUGUCUGUCAGGCACCAAUACCUAAGACGCCCCCGCCCCCGGCAACACGCAAUCGCAUCGAGGCCCUCUUCGACCCCGACGAUGUGCGCACUGUGAUGGGUGUGGGUCUUUACCAGCCAGCCAGUCAGCCAGACUCAUUUCCAUGUGUGAAUGUCUCCAUGCUUCCAUCCAUCCAUCUGUCUGUCUGUCUGUGGGUGCAGGCGCCGUUUGUGCGCCCGCCCGAUCAAGACGGUGUCGAUUCAGGUCGUUUUGCGACGCCGAGGUUUCUGCGCGGCUGGGGGGCAGAGGUGGAGAGGUUCAGAGAGAGGCGGGAAGGCAUGGCACGCAGCUGGUGGGUGCCUGAGGCAUCCGCCCACAUGAUGAUGGGCCACAUCCAUCCAUCCAUCCAUUCAUCCACAUGCUUGUCGUCUCUCUCUGUCGCUGUGUGUGCGUGUGUGUGUGUGUGUGUGUAGGUAUAGGACCUUCAAUCGGGAGGUCUUUGAUGGCCGGUGGGUCGAUGUGGGGGUGGAGAGAGAGAGAGAGAGAUGGAGUGCCCCUCUGUGUGUGUGUGUUGGUGUGUAUAGGUUGCCGGCCGACUUAGUCAUCAAUUGGAACGCCCGGCUGCUCACCACUGCUGGUAGGAGUACGAACACACACACAGUAAACCCCGAGACCCACUCGCGCGCCAACACACAUGCGAGCAGGCACCACGUCGGCCAAGCGCAUCUUGGGGGGGCCUGAGGGUGGUGGUGGUGCUGCUGGUGCUGCUGACAUGAAGACGGUCAUCCAGCUGUCUACCAAAGUCAUCGACUCAGAAUACAGGUCCACCCUGCCACACACACACACACACACACAAACACACGGAUCUCUCUCCCUCUCUGUGCCUCCGUGUGUGCAUGUUUGCAGGUUGA